AUGGAAGAGUAAGUGUACAUAUCUGAGGAAGGAAUGAAACACAUUCUUAAAGUGUUCGACCCAAAGGACCCUCUUAAGAAUAUCUUAUGGACAACUAAUUAUAGAAUGGAGUUACCAUUGAGAGUGAGAAAAUCUGGAGCAGGAAGUGAAGUACCAAUAACUCUUCCAGAACAAUUUAAAAUGGACUGCUCUUAAUUUGCAAAGAAGCCAGCUCUAAGUGUAAAGAGGAAUAAUAAAUGGAUCACAAGGACAUAUUAGGAUUAUUACAAUGAAUCAUUGUAAUUUGCAAAGGCUUUGAUAGCAUAUGGAGUAAGUGAGAUGAGUGCAGUCAACAUCAUUGGUUUCAAUGCUCCAGAGUGGUUCAUCUCUUUCAUGGGUAGUAUACAUUCACACAACUUGCCAGUUGGUAUUUACACAACUAAUAACCCUGAGGCCUGUUUCUAUGUGUCAGAACAUUCAGAAUGCGAACUUGUAGUGGUAGAUACAAGAGAGUAAUUGAAUAAAUAUUUAUAAAUAUGGGACAAAUUGCCAAAACUGAAAGGAGUAGUAAUAUAUAAUGAUGAGAUACCAAAAGAAGGAAUUAGUGAAUAAAGAAGAUCCUAGAUAUUUAAAUGGAAGGACUUUUUGGAAUUCGGAAAAAAGCCUGAAUUGAUAAAUUAGGUGGUGGAGAGAGUUUCGUAAUUACGUCCUGGAAAUUGUGUGACAUUGAUAUACACAUCAGGAACAACUGGUAAUCCUAAGGGAGUGAUGUUGUCACAUGACAAUUACAUUUUCACAAUAACACAAUAGAGAAAGAAAUACUAAUUCCUAGAUAAUGAAGAGAUGAGAAUUGUGAGUUACCUCCCACUAAGUCAUGUUGCAGGAUAGUUGAUUGAUAUAGUUGGAAGUUGUCGUUGGGGUGCACAUAUCUACUUUGCAAAUCCAGAUGCCUUGUCUGGUACACUCAUUAAUACUCUUAAGGAAGUGAGACCAACCGUUUUCUUUAGUGUUCCUAGAGUAUGGGAGAAGAUAUACGAUUAAAUGCAAAUGAUUGCUAAAUCUAAUGGGGCAAUCAAAACUAAGAUUGCAACAUGGGCCAAAUCCAUAGGAAAGGAGGGAACCUUUGCAUUAACUCACGGAUAGAAGCCUCCUCUUUGUUUUGGAUUGGCGGACAAAUUGGUGUACAAUAAUGUUAAAAAGGCAUUGGGAUUGGAUUAAGCUAAAUAUCUGAUCUUUGGAGCAGCUCCAUUGUCCCCUGUUAUCAGAGAGUAUUUCUUAUCUUUGAAUAUGUAUUUGAUCAAUGGAUAUGGUAUGAGUGAAUGUGGUGGAGUGACUACUUUAGCAGAUCCUUUGCACUUUGAUAAAUUUGAUGACUUCUUUAUGAACAGCACAGGUAAAACUAUGGAGGGAACUGAGUUGAAAAUCGAUUAGCCAGACAAAGAUGGAAAUGGAGAGGUUUGCUAUAGAGGAAGACAUAUCUUCAUGGGGUACUUUAAGGAUGAAGAAUCAACAAGAAAUACAGUUGAUAAGGACAGGUGGUUGCAUUCUGGUGAUAUAGGUAAAUUAGACAGCAAGGGAAAUCUCACUAUUACUGGAAGAAUCAAAGAAUUAAUUAUCACUGCAGGUGGAGAGAAUGUGGCACCUGUUCUGAUUGAGAAUGAAUUCAAAAAGACAAUUCCCAUUAUUUCAAAUUGUAUGGUUAUUGGUGAUAAAAGAAAAUAUCUUACCAUCUUAUUAACUUUAAAACAUUAAUUGAAACCUGAUGGAACACCAACUAAUAAGUUACUUGAUGAUGUAAUCUAAGCCUUCCAGUAACUUGGCUCUAAUGCAACUACCUUUGAAGAAGCCAAAAAGGACCCUAUCAUCACAACCUAUUUAUAGAAGCUUGUUGAUGAUGCAAAUACCAGAGUCAUUUCCAAAGCCUAAUACAUCAGAAAAUGGACUCUUAUUCCUAGCGAUUUUAGCGUUGAUGGAGGUGAGUUGACUCCAACUCUCAAAUUAAAAAGAAGAGUGGUUGAAUAAAAAUGGAUUAAUGAAAUUGAGAAAAUGUACUAAGAUGCCAAAUUAUGA